AUGUGGUUCUUACCCUUGGCUCUAGUUGUCUUGUCCUUCGUUCGCCAUGGACUGGUCCACGCGGCCACAUCGAGUAGGCCGACGACUUCGAUAACGCCAUCUACGUCUCCUUUUCGCACGGUCAAUUACAUUACUCAUAGUCUUCCUCAACAAUGUCUUGCUUCUUCGCGCAAGGCGAAUGUCACCUCGACGGUGGCCGAGUCUAUCGGCUCCUCGAACCCAGACCUCGAUUCCACGAUCUUACCCGAGACCGAGAGCCCCAGCACCGUCCGCUCACCCACGAGUUCAGCUACCGAUGCAGCUUUGUCCACUUCCCAUCAGCCUGCAUCGCUGGCGGCCGUUACUCAGGAGCCGAGUCGGAGUUCGUUCCAACCCGAAUCGCCUACUGUUCAAUCAGAUACGAUGCCGAGUGAGACGGAGGAAGACUCUCCACUGGAUGAUGGCAAGUUCAUGUCGUUCGAGGAUUGGAAGCGAGAAAACUUGAGGAAGGCCGGUCAAUCUGAACAUAUAGGAAAAGGUCCCGGAGUUGAUAGUCGAGAACCCCGAAAACGACCAGCUGGACUGAGAGACUCACUUGAUUCACUUGGCGACGACGGCGAAAUCGACCUUGACUUCUCCGGCUUCGUCUCGGAUGGCCUAGAACCACCAACUCAGAGCCCGGCGCGAGCCAGCCAAGACAUCCGGGAUGGCUCUGCCGAUUUUGAGCCGGGUCGUCUUCCAAAGGCUGGCGUAAGGAGCAAAGAUGCCGGGACAACUUGCAAAGAACGGUUCAACUAUGCCUCUUUCGAUUGCGCGGCAAACGUUUUGAAGUGGAAUUCCGAGGCAAAGAGUCCGUCUGCCGUGCUGGGAGAGAACAAAGACUCUUACAUGCUCAAUGAGUGCUCAGCCCAGAACAAGUUUCUGAUUUUGGAAUUGUGCAAUGACAUCUCAAUUGACACUAUCGUACUGGCGAACUUCGAAUUCUUUAGCUCAACCUUUCAGACCUUCCGUGUCAGCGUGUCAGACAAGUAUCCCGUCAAGACCGACAAAUGGAAGACCCUCGGUACUUUUGAAGCUCGCAAUUCUCGAGAGGUCCAAGCAUUCUUGAUCGAAAAUCCUGUGAUUUGGGCACGCUACUUGCGUAUCGAGUUUCUCACUCAUUAUGGGAAUGAGUUCUACUGCCCGGUCAGCCUCGUCAGAGUGCACGGGACCACCAUGCUCGAAGACUACAAGCGUGACCUGGAGGUAUUGCAAAUGGAGGAGGAUGACAAGGCAAAUGAAGAGAGUGUCGACACCUCAGCGGAAGAUGGUCUCAUCCCAGAAGCCGUCGCCGAGCAGCUGUUAACGCAAGCCGAUGCUGGCGAGACGGUUGCUCAAACCGUUGAGGCGAACGCUCUUGCUGUUCCUGAAACAUUCCAACCUCAAACAACACCUGAUAUCACCACACAACCCUCGACUGUUGAGACUCUGGAAACUGCGGUGCCUACUUGUCCUGCUCAGCUCGUGCCACUGUUUACUGAGUCAAAGACGCAGAGCAGUACACUUGGCAUUUGCAAUGCUUUUGAACACGACGCGAUUAUGUCUGAUGAUCCCAAGAUACAAGACAGCAUCGAAGGUUCCAGCAACGCAGCAAGCACAUCGACCACCGGCUCUAUUGCUUCUGCAAUUGCGGCAGUUUCGCCAUCGUCGAUCGACAACGUCACGCCAGUUGCGUCGAAUACUACAGGCGCGACUCCUAAAUCCGAUAUUGCGACGGACCCCAAAUCCUACAACGCCUCAUCCUUAACUCCUCCUACUACCAGCACCAGGACUCCGGUGUCUUCUACUCAGACCACUCAACCUGCACCUACAAUGCAAGAAUCAUUUUUCAAGUCGGUUCAGAAACGCUUGCAGAUGCUGGAGGCCAAUUCUUCGCUCUCCCUUCAGUACAUAGAAGACCAAUCUCGCGCUCUUCGCGAUGCCUUUCAGAAGGUUGAGCAAAGGCAGCUGGCAAAGACCACUUCGUUCUUGGAAUAUCUGAAUAUGACUGUCCUGAACGAGCUCAGAGAGUUCCGGCAACAAUAUGAUCAGUUGUGGCAGUCCACGGUUAUUGAGCUGGAUAUGCAACGAGAACGCUAUCAGCAAGAAAAUAUCGCCAUCAACGCCCGACUUGGAGUGCUUGCCGACGAGAUUAUCUUCCAGAAGAGAGUUUCCUUCUUGCAGUUGAUCCUCAUUGUCGUGUGCCUGGGUCUGGUGCUGUUCUCAAAGGGCAACCUGAACAGCUACCUUGAACUACCCUUGGUGCAGAGCGUUCUGUCAAGGUCUCCGAGUACUCGCUUUCUGAAUGCUGCAAGCCCGGAUACUCCCAAUCAGAGUUCCCCGAUGUCCCGCUCUAAUGCCACAGGCGCGGUGCGGAAACGACUGGGAAUUCUGAAGGGCCAUCGUCGAUUCCCGUCAGAAGAUUCUACGGAAAAUGCAACCAGUCCGAUUGACUUGUAUACGCCCUCGACACCUGUGAGCUAUGGAGACCCAUCCUCAGAAGGCGAGAAUCUGGAGGACAGCAAUAUCCUAGGCGAUCCCCAGUUCGACCCGAGUCUAAUCGAGCGACCCAGUACUAGUCCUCCGGUCCUGUCGGGGGUGAAUUCCCCCGUGUCUUCGGAUUUUGAUCCGAAUAUUGAAGAAGACUCUAUCGACUCGGUAUUGAUCAGCACUCCAACAAAUGUUAUGGGAAGGAACGCUCCUAUUUUGGUAGUCGAGGACGCCACGCCGCCCCCUAAGCAUUUGAAGUGGCAGUUGCCGGACUCCUGA